AUGGUUGCCCAGAUCUUAGAUGGAAAAGCUAUUGCUUUAGAUCUUCGUACAAAGAUACACGAUGAAGUUGCUCAAUUCCAGUUGAAGCACCCAGACUUCAAACCAAAAUUGGCAAUUGUCCAAGUUGGGGAUAGACAAGAUUCCACAACGUAUGUCAAGAUGAAGUUGAAGGCGGCUGAAGAAGCUAGCAUUGGGUGUGAAAUUAUCAAAUUACCCGAAGAUAUCUCCGAAUUUGAGUUGUUGAAUGAGGUCUCAAAAUUGAACAACUCGUUGGAUGUUGAUGGUAUUUUGGUGCAAUUGCCAUUGCCAGAUCACAUCGACGAGUCAAAAGUGACUAAUGCAGUCUUGGCAGAUAAAGACGUGGAUGGAUUUGGUCCUUUCAAUGUUGGGGAAUUGUCCAAAAAGGGGGGAGAACCAAAAUUCCUACCAUGCACACCAAAGGGGAUCAUGCAUUUGUUGAAGGUAUCUGGCGUUGAUGUCGACGGUAAAAGUGCUGUGGUUUUAGGAAGAUCUGACAUUGUGGGAAAGCCAGUUGCAAACUUGCUCACCAAAGCCAAUGCCAGUGUCACCAUCGUUCAUUCCAGAACCCCUAUUGAACAAGUCAAACAGUUUUUGAGCGAAGCUGAUAUUGUAGUUGCUGCCAUUGGCCAACCAGAAUACGUCAAAGGAGAAUGGUUGAAGCCUGAUGCCGUUGUGAUUGAUGUUGGAACCAACUUUAUCCCUGAUAGUACCAAGAAAAGUGGCCAGAGAAUGGUUGGAGAUGUUGAAUAUGAAGCCGCUAAGGGAAAAGUGCAAUUGAUCACCCCAGUUCCAGGUGGAGUUGGUCCAAUGACAGUUGCAUGCUUGUUGGACAAUGUUAUAAUUGCAGCAAAGAGACACUACAAGGCAAACAAUGAAACCCCCAAAUUCACCAACCCUUUAAAGUUGGACUUGAAAAAACCCGUUCCUUCAGACUUUGAAAUUUCACGUGCUCAACAGCCUAAGCGUAUCACCCAAGUUGCCGAAGAGGCUGGUAUUUUGGAUGCCGAGUUGGAACCAUUUGGGUUCACCAAAGCUAAAGUAUCAUUGGACAUUUUGAAAAGAUUGCACAACAAAAGGAAUGGUAAAUAUGUUCUUGUUACUGGUAUUACUCCAACCCCGUUGGGUGAAGGUAAAUCGACAACUACGGUGGGCUUAGCUCAAGCUUUGGGUGCACAUUUAAACAAAAAUGUCUUUGCAAAUGUGAGACAACCAUCAAUGGGUCCAACAUUUGGUAUUAAAGGUGGUGCUGCUGGAGGUGGUUACUCACAAGUUAUUCCAAUGGAUGAAUUCAAUAUGCAUGUUACUGGUGAUAUCCACGCCAUCACCAUGGCAAACAAUUUGUUGGCUGCCGCUAUUGAUACGAGAAUGUUUCACGAAUCAACUCAAAAGGAUGGACCAUUGUACAGAAGAUUGGUUCCAGAAAAAAAAGGUAAGAGAACAUUUACCAAGUCUAUGUUGAGAAGAUUGGAAAAGUUGGGAAUAAACAAGACCGAUCCAAACGACUUGACUCCAGAAGAGAUUACUGCAUUUGCAAGAUUAGAUAUUGAUCCUGAAUCGAUCACUUGGAAGAGAGUCGUUGAUUGCAACGAUAGAUUCUUGAGAGGUAUCACAGUUGGAGAAGCACCAACGGAAAAGGGGUUCACUAGGGCCACUGGUUUCGAUAUCACUGUUGCUUCCGAAUGUAUGGCUAUCUUGGCAUUGGCCAACUCCUUGGAAGACAUGAGAGAAAGGUUGGGUAAAAUGGUUAUCGGUACAUCAAAGCAAGGUGUUCCAGUUACUUGUGAAGAUAUUGGUUGUGCUGGUGCAUUGACGGCGUUGUUGAAAGAUGCCAUCAAACCAAACAUUAUGCAAACCUUGGAAGGUACACCAGUUUUCGUUCACGCUGGUCCUUUUGCCAACAUUUCCAUUGGGGCUUCUUCCAUUUUGGCUGAUAAGAUGGCCUUGAAGUUGGCCGGUACUUCAAGUGACUUGACCCCAGAAGAAAGAAAAGAGCAAGAAGGUUAUGUUGUCACUGAAGCAGGUUUCGAUUUCACUAUGGGUGGAGAAAGAUUUAUCAACAUCAAAUGUAGAUCAAGUGGCUUGGCCCCGGACGUUAUCGUCAUUGUUGCCACUGUUCGUGCUUUGAAAGUUCAUGGUGGUGGCCCAGAAGUUAAAGCUGGUGCUCCAUUGGCCCCAGAGUACACUCAAGAGAAUGUCGACUUGUUGAGAGCUGGUUGUUCAAAUUUGGCCAAACAUGUCCAUAAUGCCAAAUCCUAUGGCUUGCCAGUUGUUGUUGCGAUCAACAAGAUGUCUUCAGACUCUGAUAAGGAGCAUGAGGUCAUCAAGGAAGAGGCUUUGAAAGCUGGUGCUGUUGAUGCGAUUGUCUCCAACCAUUGGGAAGAAGGUGGAAAAGGAGCUGUUGACUUGGCCAAGGGUGUUAUCGAUGCUGCCAACAGAGAAGACAAGAACUUCCAUUUCCUUUACGGAACCGAACCUUCUAUUGAAGAUAAAAUUUCAACCAUUGCCAAAGAAAUGUACGGUGCGGGUGAAGUUGAAUUUUUACCAGAGGCUCAAAAGAAGAUUGAUUUGUACACCAAGCAAGGAUUUGGAAAAUUGCCAAUCUGUAUUGCAAAAACUCAAUACUCAUUAUCGCACGACGCUAACUUGAAGGGUGUUCCAACUGGAUUCAAGUUCCCAAUCAGAGAUGUCAAAGCUUCAAUAGGGGCUGGUUACUUGUAUGCCUUGGCAGCUGAAAUCCAAACCAUUCCUGGCUUGCCAACUCAUUGUGGGUUUAUGAAUGUUGAAGUGAAUGAGGACGGAGAGAUUGACGGAUUGUUUUGA